UAACCCAAUUCCAUUAAAUUCCAAAACACUUGGAUACUUCCCAAACAUCGAGACACUUCACUUGUGGGAUAAAAAGGAUGAGAAUUUUGGCAAUGGAUUUAUGAUCAACACAGAAAAAAAUGAAGAUAGUGAAAAUAAAGGUGUUUUGAAGAGAGAAUUCUUUCGAAUCAUUGUGUGGUUCAAUGUUGACUUUGAAACUGUUGACAGAAAUAAAAAUCGAAACAUUGAGUUUAAAAAUGUCACUUACACUAAAAAUGAUAGAAAAAAAUUUGGUAAUAAUAUUCCACCAACCGUGACAUCUAUUGGUUAUGAUUGUUUCAGUAAAUGCAGCAGUUUGAGUAGUGUUAACAUAUCAUCAAGUGUUACAUCUAUUGGUGAUUAUUGUUUUUAUGAAUGCAGCAGUUUGAUCAGUAUUACAAUACCAUCGAGUGUGACAUCAAUUGGUGAUUGUUGUUUCAGUGGAUGUAGUAGUCUGAGCAGUGUUACAAUACCAUCAAGUGUGACAUCAAUUGGUAAUGAUUGUUUCAGUGAAUGCAGUAGUUUGAGCAGUGUUACAAUACCAUCAAGUGUGACAUCAAUUGGUAAUUGGUGUUUGAGUGGAUGCAGUAGUUAUCGCUAG